CAUUACCUCACUGCGAGCCAGGGGCCACUCCCCGCCUAAACCGAUAACGAUUAAACACUGUGAAAGUAUUGGAAGUACGACUGAAGAGUAUAAAUAUGAAGGCGUUUAGGACAGUUCUGUUGUGCUUAGGCACCCUCUACGUCGCCGCCGCUGCCCCUGUCGCCCGCGAAAGCGCUCCCCAACAGGCCGAGUACGAAUAUGACUACGAGUCCUCCGGCCAGGUCCAAGCACAGGAGCCCCAAGAGUCUGCAAGCCAUUACGACGCUUAUAUCCAGGACGUUAAGGCCGCUGCCACCGGCGACAACCAGAAGAAAGGUUUCAGCAGAGGCAGCGGUCUGAGGACCAUCGCUGUAGGCUCUGCCAAUCAAGCGAAGACAGCGCUGGGUAACCAAGCGGCUGCGGCGUACCAGGCGGCGUAUGUAGCGAAGAACACUUUAGCCCAGUCAGCGGCUCAGGCUAGUGCGACAGCGCAGGCAGCGCUGGCUGGAAAGCAAGUGAUUCUGUCGGGGUUGGAGCAGCAAGUCAGAGACGCUAAGGUCGGCCUGCAAGGAGAAGAAAUGCAGCUGCAGCAAGCUAAGAGAGCAGCCCAGUCCGCGGCGCAAGCGGCUCAGCAAGCUAUGCACCAGGUGAACGUGAUCCAAGCUGCCCUGAACGCCGCGCAAGCCACCUCAGAAAACGCCAAUGAAGCAGCGUCCCAAGCUGCCGGUGAGCUCGGAGCACAGACUGCCAUGGUCGGCGCUGCACGACAGAGACUGCAGACCCUGCAGGAACAGCUGCAUGGAGUCAGAAUCGACUUCGAGGCCACCCAAUCUGCUGCUAGGAAGGCUCAGGCGGCGGCCCAACAAGCCCAAGCUAACGCCGCGGCAGCGGCAGCCAAGGCAGCAGCAGCUGGUCUAGGAGGUCAGAAGGACUCCUCCCACGAAGGUACGGUUUAUGAGGAGUACCAGGUCGUCCCAGCGUCAGAACAGAACAACAGCCAAGAACAAUAUUAUACUCUGCAGUCGGAUUACCACCACUAGUAGCAAUAAGGUUUUAGGUGCACCAGGCCUGAUUCUGUGUAGAGUUCUAAAAUUGAAUUUAUUAUGAGAGAAUAAUUUACUUUUUAAAUUCUUAUCCUUGUAUUAGGAAAUGAUGCUCUAGACUUGAUUUACCCAGGCAUAGAUUCUAAGCUGUGAUUGGUUGAAUUGCAAUAUUUAAACAAAUCACAGACUCGAAUCUAGUCAAGUGCAGAUUCGUUUACGAGCGUCAUUGCUUAAUACGGGACUUAGAUUAAGUCAAAUACUCUCUGUCUUUAACUCUCUAAUUCAAUUUUUAUAGACCAAGCACAGUAAUCGGAACCUUAUGUUCUAAGGUUUCAACUUUUUCAGUUUAUUCGUUAAGUUUCUGAUAAUUUAUUUAAUAAUAACGCCGAGUUGCAUUUUCAAAGUGAUGCGAAAUAAACUAGACAAACGUUGGACCUAAGAACUAGAUAAGUAAUAAGGUUAUUUUUACAAUAGGAUUUCAACCUAAUGAUUAGCUUAAAAUAUUUAUUUGAUAACUUUUGAGUCCUAUUUUAAUCUUAACCAAAAUCUAGGUUUUUACAAAGUGUAAAUAAACUAUUUUUGUUAACAUAGCUAAUUUUUACAACUGAAUGUUGUUAGUCUUUUAUAUUUUUGAAUGUUUUUAUACCUUUUUAUAUUUGCAGUUUAUUUAUUCAGUUGUUAAUAUUAUAUUAGGUGCUUACAUUUUUGUAUAAGUAUAAUUUUUUUAUAGUUAUAUUGCAAAAAUGGCAGCACCAUCGAAUUUGGCACGCAGUCACCACCAUCACUAACAUAGUGCUAAUAUUUUGCAAAAUUAAGUGCGAUGUCUCCAAGCCAUAGUGUGCUACAAAUAAA